AUGGAGAUGUCCGCCCCAGCCCCUGCAGUGGAGAAGAAAGAAGCCAAGAGUGGCCUCUUGGAGGACAGCAGCUUCCCCGACCCAGGGAAAAAGGCUUGUCCUCUGGCGGUAGCCGCAGCCGCAGCUGUAGCAGCCCAAGGAGUUCCUCAGCAGCUCCUGCCGCCUUUCCACGCGCCUUUGCCAAUUGACAUGCGCCACCAGGAGGGAAGGUACCAUUACGAUCCUCACUCUGUCCACAGCGUACACGGGCCUCCUACCCUGAGUGGCAGCCCGGUCAUCUCAGAUAUCUCCUUGAUCCGACUUUCCCCACACCCUGCGGGCCCUGGGGAAUCUCCCUUCAGCGCCCACCAUCCCUACGUGAGCCCUCAUAUGGAGCGCUACCUCCAGUCUGUGCACGGCAGCCCCACGCUCUCAAUGAUCUCUGCAGCCAGGGGCCUCAGCCCUGCUGAUGUGGCCCACGAGCAUCUGAAAGAGAGGGGACUGUUUGGUCUUGCUGCCCCAGCCACCAACCCUUCAGACUAUUACCACCAGAUGACCCUCAUGGCCAGCCACCCCACCCCCUAUGGGGACCUUCUAAUGCAGAGUGGGGGUGCUGCUAGCGCACCCCAUCUCCAUGACUACCUCAAUCCUGUGGAUGCGUCACGGUUCUCUAGCCCACGUGUGACCCCUCGCCUGAGCCGCAAGCGGGCUCUGUCCAUCUCCCCGCUCUCAGAUGCUAGCCUCGACCUGCAGCGCAUGAUCCGGACCUCUCCCAACUCACUGGUAGCUUACAUCAACAACUCAAGGAGCAGCUCAGCAGCCAGUGGCUCCUACGGGCACCUGUCGGCCGGUGCACUCAGCCCAGCUUUCACUUUCCCCCACCCCAUCAAUCCUGUGGCCUACCAACAGAUUCUGAGCCAGCAAAGGGGCCUGGGCUCAGCCUUUGGACACACACCACCCCUGAUCCAGCCCUCACCCACCUUCCUGGCCCAGCAGCCCAUGGCUCUUACCUCCAUCAGCACCAUGCCUACCCAGCUCAGCAGCAAUAGCAGCGAUUGUCUAAACGAUGCCAACCAGAACAAGCCGAGCAGCGAGUCAGCUGUGAGCAGCACCGUGAACCCAAUCACCAUUCAUAAGCGUAGCAAGGUCAAGACUGAGGCCGAGGGCCUGCGGCCAGCCUCCCCACUAGGACUGACGCAGGACCAGGGAAGCAAGCAUGGCUCAUAUGGAUGUGCUCUUCCCUUCUCCCAGGAGCAGCUGGCUGAUCUCAAGGAAGACCUGGACAGGGAUGACUGUAAGCAGGAGACCGAGGUGGUCAUCUAUGAGACCAACUGCCACUGGGCAGACUGCACAAAGGAGUAUGACACGCAGGAGCAGCUAGUGCACCACAUCAACAACGAGCACAUCCACGGGGAGAAGAAAGAGUUCGUGUGCCGCUGGCAGGCCUGCACCAGAGAGCAGAAGCCCUUCAAGGCCCAAUAUAUGUUGGUCGUGCACAUGCGCAGGCACACGGGUGAGAAGCCGCACAAGUGCACGUUCGAAGGCUGCUCAAAGGCCUACUCUCGCCUGGAGAACCUGAAGACACACCUGCGGUCCCACACAGGAGAGAAGCCAUAUGUGUGUGAACAUGAGGGCUGCAACAAGGCCUUCUCCAAUGCCUCGGACCGUGCCAAGCACCAGAACCGCACUCACUCCAAUGAGAAACCCUAUAUCUGCAAGAUCCCAGGCUGCACCAAGAGGUACACAGACCCCAGCUCACUCCGAAAGCACGUGAAGACUGUCCAUGGGCCAGAUGCCCACGUCACCAAGAAACAGCGCAACGAUGUGCAUCUCCGUGCUCCUCUGCUCAAGGAGAAUGGGGACAAUGAGGCCAGUGCUGAACCAGGUGGACGGGGACCUGAGGAGAGUGUGGAGGCCAGUAGCACCAGCCACGCUGUAGAGGACUGCCUACAUAUCAAAGCCAUCAAGACAGAGAGCUCCGGGCUGUGUCAGUCCAGCCCCGGGGCCCAGUCAUCCUGCAGCAGCGAGCCCUCUCCCCUGGGCAGCGCCCCCAACAAUGACAGCGGCGUGGAGAUGCCAGGGACAGGGCCCGGGAGUCUGGGAGACCUGACAGCGCUGGAUGACGCGUCUCCGGGAGCUGACACCUCCACGCUGGCUGCCCCCCCGACUGGCGGCCUGCAGCUGCGCAAACACAUGACUACCAUGCAUCGCUUUGAGCAGCUGAAGAGAGAGAAGCUCAAGUCCCUCAAGGAUUCCUGCUCGUGGGCUGGCCCAGCUCCACACACCCGCAACACCAAGCUGCCUCCCCUCCCAGCCAAUGGUUCUGUCCUGGAAAGCUUCAACAGCACUGGGGGCGGUGGGCCAGCGGGACUGCUGCCCAACCAGCGGCUGCCAGAGCUGACGGAAGUGACGAUGCUGAGCCAGCUGCAGGAACGGAGGGAUAGCUCCACCAGCACCGUGAGCUCAGCCUACACCGUGAGCCGCCGCUCCUCCGGCAUCUCCCCCUACUUCUCCAGCCGCCGCUCCAGUGAGGCUUCCCCUCUUGGUGCCGGCCGCCCGCACAAUGCCAGCUCGGCAGACUCCUAUGACCCCAUCUCCACAGAUGCCUCCCGGCGCUCCAGCGAGGCGAGCCAGUGCAGCGGUGGGGUCCCAGGGUUACUCAACCUCACGCCUGCGCAGCAGUACAGCCUGCGCGCCAAGUACGCAGCAGCCACGGGUGGACCACCACCCACGCCACUGCCGGGCCUCGAGCGUGUAAGCCUUCGUACCCGCCUGUCGUUACUAGAUGGUCCCGAGCGUGCCCUGCCCGGGACCUGCCCACAUCCGCUGGGGCCGCGGCGUGGCAGCGAUGGGCCUGCCUACGGCCAUGGUCAUGGCCAUGGCUAUGUAGGGGCGGCUCCUGCCUUCCCUCACGAGGGGCCCAGCAGCAACAUGCGACGGGCCAGCGACCCUGUGCGGCGACCUGACCCCCUCGUUCUGCCUCGAGUGCAGCGUUUCCACAGUACCCACAAUAUGAAUCCAGGUUCACUGCCACCCUGCGCCGAUCGGCGAGGCCUGCAUCUACAGAGCCACCCCAGCAUGGAUGGCAGCCUGACCCGCAACGCCUACUCCCCCAGACCGCCUAGCAUCAGUGAGAACGUGGUGAUGGAGGCUGUGGCCGCUGGGGUAGAUGGAACCGGGCUGGAGUCCGACCUGGGGCUGGUGGAGGAUGAGCUGGUGCUGCCGGACGAUGUGGUACAAUACAUCAAAGCUCACACCGGCGGCGCCUUGGAUGACAGCACACGGCAGGUGUAUCCCACAGAAAGCGCUGGCUUCCCCGAGAACUCGAAACUGCCCAGUCCUGGGCUACAAGGCCACCGCAGGCUGGCAGCUGCCGACUCAAAUGUGGGCCCUUCUGCUCCUGGGCUGGGGGGCUGCCAGCUGCGCUACAGCCCCUCAACCAACCUCAACAAGAACAACAUGCCUGUUCAGUGGAAUGAGGUGAGUUCUGGUACCGUGGACGCCCUACCCACCCAGGUCAAGUCUUUCCCGCACAGCAAUCUGGCCGUGGUUCAGCAGAAGCCAGCCUUUAGCCAGUAUCCAGGAUAUAGUCCACAAGCCCUGCAGGCCAGCUCUGGGGGUCUAGACAGCACCCAACCACACCUACAGCUUCGAGGAGCGCCCUCUGCGCCCAGGGGGAGCUACGCUCAGCAGUCUCGACAGCCAGCCACAGGCGGUCAGUGCCUGAGCAUGGCUGCUGCCAUGAGUCCUCAGGCCAGCUACAGCCAUGCCCACUCCCAGCUGAGCCCAAACGUCGUCAGUGGACCCCUGAACCAGUUCUCCCCUUCCUGCAGCAAUAUGGCAGCCAAGCCCAGCCACCUGGGACUCCCUCAGCAAAUGGAAGCUAUCCCCAAUGCUACCAUCAUGAGUGGCCAUCAACGGGAUCUCGGGAUUCCCAGCUCAUCCCUGGCUGGGGUGUCCCAGUCUCACCCGGUCCUGAGCUAUCCCCAGCAGGAAGGCUACCAGCAGGGCUCCAGCCUUCUGUCAUCCCAUCAGCCUAGCUUCAUGGAGUCCCAGCAGAACGCGGGCUUUGGUCUCAUGCAGCCUCGGCCGCCCCAAGAGCCCAACACUGCUAGCCGUCACCGUGGAGUGCGUGCUGGGCACUUGUAUGCCAGGACCACUGGCCAAGCCAUGGUCACAUCAGCCAACCAAGAGACAGCGGAAGCUAUGCCCAAGGGAACAGCAGGGCCCGUGGUGUCCCUGGCUCCUCAGCCAUCUCAGGACACAGGCCAGCCACAGGACCAGAACACACUCUACUACUAUGGCCAGAUUCACAUGUAUGAACAGAACGGAGGGUGCCCAGCCAUGCAGCCCCAGCCAUCACAACCACAAGCUUGCUCAGACAAUAUCCAGCCUCUGCCUUCACCAGGGGUCAACCAAGUGUCCAGCACUGUGGACUCGCAGCUCCUGGAGCCCCCCCAGAUUGACUUUGAUGCCAUCAUGGAUGAUGGCGAUCACUCAAGUUUGUUCUCUGGUGCACUGAGCCCCACCCUUCUCCACAAUCUCUCCCAGAAUUCCUCACGCCUCACGACACCCCGGAAUUCUUUGACACUGCCCUCCAUCCCUGCAGGCAUCAGCAACAUGGCUGUUGGAGACAUGAGCUCCAUGCUCACCAGCCUGGCUGAAGAAAACAAAUUUUUAAAUAUGAUGACCUAAUGGCUCUAGCUCCUGGCAGAGCAGACCUGAGCACCAUUAGCUUCUUGGAACACGAGGGUCUAACCAGUUCUCUUUGUCCAAAAAAGUAAUAACUAGGCCUGAGAGGGGCUGGGCGGUGGCUGGCUCAGACUUGCAAAUAUUUUAAGAAAAGAUUCGGGGCAUCCUCUCUGCUGUUUGGCCUAUUUCUCUGAACACUGAAAAAGUCUUAUUCAGAAAGAAACUCGUUUACACGAUGCUUGCCAGCCUUUGGUGUUUAUGGGAUUACUAGGUUCUGGCUUCUUUGCCUCUGUCAUUCUGCUAAUGAGAGAGUACAUUGGCCAAGGGCUUUCUAAGUACAUGCCCAAAGAGGGGAGGGGAACCAUGUUUGGGUUUGAAUUGGGGACCAUGCUGGAUACUCUGCUCUGAGAAGAUGGGUUUGCCAUUCUGCCACCUGCAAGGAAAGGGGAUUGCUGUCCCCCUCCCCCCUCCCCGGACUCAUCCAUGAAGCUUGCCAAAGUUGCUUGCCACAAAGGAGAAAGGGACAUUAUGGAGCCUCCUCAGCUGCCAUUAGCAUUCCCAUUCCCUUAGGCAGAGCGGGACCAGCAGAUUUCCCAAGUGGAGAAGAAUUAAUAAAACACGUAUCAAAAGGAGAUAAGCUGGGUGCUACCUGGGCAAGCCCAGAAGCUCCCCAGGGGAUUCUCCUGGCCUGUUUACAGUAUUCUGAAGUGUACAGCGAAGCCCUCCUGGGAAGAACUUUGUGUCUAAAUACCUUGGAUUGCUGUGGGCUAAGGAUGGACAGGGCCUCAGGGUGAAAGAGGCCUUCCCCGGGAAGAGGAAGUCACUGUUUACCCAGUCCCAUUUCUCCUGUGCACUAACUGACCACCCUCCCACAGAAGACUCUAGGGCUCCUCUCCACCACACUGGGUGGCCGGCGGCCUGCACGGAGCCACCGCGCGCUGUCUCAAUACUUUCUGAUCCCCUGACCUCUCCCCUCCUCUCUAGGUUAUUUGGCAUGGACUGAUGACAUGCAUGGUGUUUGUGGUCAGGUGGGAGGGCGAAGGGAUUGAUUUCUUGUUCGGUAUAGCCUAGCCCCCAAAACAAGAAAGGGCAUGUGGAAACUGACUCCGUAAAGACUCAGUCUAGAACACACUGCAGGGUGAAGUCGUGCCUCCUCCCCACCACACACGUGUGCACAUCCCAUCUGAAACGCCUUCCUUUGGAUUCAUGCAAACUUUGCCAAACCAAACCUCACCACUCAGAGCUUCUUCCUUCUGGCCAUGACCUUGGCUCCAGUGAGGAACUUCUUAGCAGAGUCAGGAUCCUCUGUGUCCCAGGGCCGCAAACUUCUCUGUUUACAAUCCAGAGAAAAGACCAACUCCAAAUGACAGCUCCGGGCCACGCCCAUGGCUCUGUGGCUCUGGCGUGUGGGCUCACUGCCCGACACGGACCCUAACUCCCCAGUCUCCAUCUGUACCUAUUUUGUGUAGACAUUGUCAGCCCUGGUAUACUGUGGGUGAACCAUCCAGCCAAAUUUAUAUUGCCAAACAUUUUUAGCUUUUUCUACAUGCUAUAAAUUGAGGUGACAUGCUCAACU